AUGGCCCAACAACAAAUGAAGUUCCAGCAAGAGACCGAAAAGUUCAUAAUGGAGAUGAGAGGAGGAAUGCAGAAUGUGAACUCCCAACUAUCACAUCUUGCCCAAGCAGUCGCCAGACUUGAAAGCAAACCAGGGGCACUCCCAUCCCAAGUGGAGGUGAAGAAGGUGAAUGCCAUGACACUCAGAGGAGGAAAGGAGUUACCCGAGGUUGAUAAGGAGAAAAAUAAACAAAAGCCAGAGAUCAACGAGCAAGUCGGAAUGGGAUCAGCAGAUGAAGAAGAAUUUGCCAAAGAGAAAGAGGCAAAGCGAAAGGCGACAGGGAAGGGUAAAGAUAAAUCAAGCCAGACUGAGCCCAUACUCCCCUUCCCAAACAGAAUGGCCAAGGAACAAGAGAAGGAAGAAUUAACUGAACUGGUUAAAAUCUUCAAGAAGGUGGAGGUCAAUGUGCCCCUUUUGGUCGCACUACGCUCUAUGCCCAGAUGUGCAAAAUUUCUCAAAGAACUCUGCACUCGGAAGGUCAAAUACACGGAUGAUGCGAAAUUUCAAGUGGGCGAAUCCGUGUCCGCAGUCUUACAAAGAGAUAUGCCCAUAAAGUGUGGAGAUCCUGGCAUGUUCUACAUUCCAUGUGUAAUAGGAACCAUGAAGGUGGAGAAGGCGAUGCUCGAUUUAGGGGCAUCCAUCAACGUUAUACCCUUAUCCAUGUAUCAGGACCUGGAGAUAGGACCGCUGAAACCCACCCGGGUGGUGAUCCAACUGGCAGAUCGAUCAAAUGUCUACCCAGAGGGGAUAUUGGAAGACGUCCUGGUCAAAGUGGAGGAACUCAUCUUUCCAGCGGACUUUUACAUUCUAGACAUGGGGAAGUCAAAAGCACGAGAUCCGGUAAUGCUUCUGGGCAGACCAUUUCUAAAGACUGCCAGGACUCGCAUUGAUUGUGAUACGGGGAAGUUAACAAGUCAGUUCGAAGGGGAGACAGUGACCUUCGACAUAUACAAUGCCAUGAAACAUCCAGCUGAUACAGAGAUGGUGAAAAGUGUCGACAUGAUCGAGAAGGUUGUUGAGGAGGUUUUGCCCAGAACAGCAUUCAAGGAGCCAUAUGACACUAUAAUCCAGAAUGACAUAACCGAGGAGCACUUGCAAGAGGAGCAUUUGCAAGAGGCGGUGAAGGUACUUAAUGCGUGGAGCGAAGAGGUCAACCACACUGAGGCACUGAAAAUUCCCACCCUGAAGGAAGAAGACCGACUUGUUCCAUCAAUCCAAAGGGCACCCAAGCUCGACCUGAAGUCUUUGCCAAAACACCUCAAGUAUAUCUUCUUGGGCGAGGAUGACACUUUGCUCGUAAUUAUCAAUUCAGAAUUAACACUCGAAGACGAGAACAAAGUCAAGAUGACUUUGGGGAAGUACAAGGAAGCAAUUGGAUGGACCCUAGCCGACAUUAAGGGCAUAAUGAAGGAAUAUUAA